AUGUCAAUUGAAGUAUCAAAGGAAGAUAUAUUCCCACAAGAUUAUAGAGGUAGAUUAACAGAAGGAGUUACAUAUGAUUAUAGAAAUAAUCAAUUGAUUUGGAUAGAUAUUAUAUUAGGAGAAAUUCAUAGAGUUUCAUUAACAGAUUUAAAUAAACAUGAAAUUUUAAAAUGGGAGAAUCCAAAAGAAUCUGUUGGAUUUAUUGGAUUAACAUCAAAUGAAGAUAUUGUAUUAGUUGCAGCAAAGUCAGGUUUAGCUUAUGGAAAUUUUAAAACUAAAAAGCUAGAAUAUUUUUUUAAAUAUCCAUUUACAGAUUCUGAAAAAGAUAGAUUAAGAUCAAAUGAUGGUAUAAUUGAUCCUUGGGGAAAUUUAUGGAUUGGAGUAAUGAAUGAUUUUCAUGUCGAGGAAGUAAAAGAAGAAGGAUAUUUAUAUAGAAUUACACCGGAUUUACAAAUUGAUGUUAUGUUGACCAAUACAAAAAUAUCAAAUGGUUUAGCAUUUAAUAAUGAAGGUAAUGAAUUAUAUUGGACAGAUUCACAAAAUUAUACAAUUUUUAAAUUUAAAUAUGAUAAAGAUAGCAACAAAUUAAGUGAUAAACAGGCAUUCGUUGAAACAAAACAAUUAUAUCCUGAUAUUGAAAGUCCAGAACCAGAUGGAAUGAUACGUACAGAAAAUGGUGAUAUUUAUUCAGCAAUUUUUAAUACAGGAACCAUAUUACAUGUUAAUUCAAAAGGUGAAUUAAUUGACAAGAUUCAUGUCCCAGCUAAAAGAUGUACUUGUGUUACUAUAGGAGGUCUCGACGAUAAUGAAUUAUUUAUAAAUACUGGGAAUUUAAAAUUAGAUGAUUUUAAUCAUUCUAUUAAUGUAGAUGAUUUAUUUGGUGAUUUAGGUGGAUUUUUAUUUAGAUUAAAAUUAAAAAAUAAAUUAUAUGGCCAAAAGAAAAAUAUUUGGGGUGGUAAAGUUGAAUAG